CCGAUUCCGAGUACCGUCCAUGACGCACCGGCACGUCCGCAAAAGCGGCCAUUAUUUGAGCCACCGCCUUCCAUCGAAGAAGCAUCAAUAGCCCUGCAAGACCUUCGCGCUCUCCUGCGGCCACGACGGAAGAGUGGCAUUGGGUUCGUGGCAGUUGGAUCGCAGCCUCCCUCCGUACUGCUGUGGCAUGGGAGUUCGGGCCUCACCGGGCAAUGAAACUGCGCGGUUGGACGCGCAACUUCCUAGGGGAUCGGCAUGCACUUCCUUUUAGCCCCAUGGGAGAGUGGACGACUUCACUGUUGGAGAAGCGUGCUAUGGACAUCGUCGAGUUCAUGUCCGACCCGGAGGUCCUCCUGAAGUACGGGCUGAAGAAGCCUAUUGGGUUGUCGACUGCACAGACCUGGAUGCAUGUGCUUGAUUAUCGAUGGACGAAAACACCUUCUGGACAGUAUGUGGAUGGGCACGAGCGUGAAGACGUCGUUGACUAUCGAGAUGGGAUCUUCCUCCCUGCGCUGGCUGCCUUGGAUCCGUACGUGCGAACGAUCAUCAAUGGUUCCUUCGUCCAUGGCCCUGUCCCGAUGGAUCAUUCCGUCCGAGUGGUGAUGUCCGAAUCACACUGUCGGAUGAUAGUCCCAUCCGGGGCGUUGUUGUAAACGUAGCCCUUCCGGAUGGCUCGAGUCCCCCAAAACGAGUCAUAUUCUGGUAUCACGACGAGUCGACCUUCUCGUGCCAAGGGAGAGGGUCCUUCCCUGAUGGUCGCCGACUUCGUCUCGGCUGAGCAUGGCUGGCUUCGAUCCCCUGAUGGGACCGAAUCAGCCCGCGAACUGUUCAAGGCUGGUAAAGACCGAGAUGGGUAUUUCACGAACCAGGAGAUCCUCGAGCAUGCAAC